GUUCCACCUGCUGCUGAGCCUGUCCCCUACCUGCAGACCCCCAACUCAGAACCUCAGACAAUGGCCAUGCUGAAAACUGCUCGAGAGUGUCCGCAGAGCUCCAAACCCCCGAGUGGAUCCAAGUCAGGAGUCCGAAAUACACCGGGGUGUGUGCAUGCAGCUGACAGUAAGACGAGCAAAAGCCACAACCACCCCAAACAGCAGAGGAUCAGCAGGAGAAGAGCCACAAAUGGCUGGAUGCCUUUGGGUACAGCUUGUGAGAAAGCAGUCUAUGUGGUUAAUGAGCCUGAGCCUGCUCUCCGAAGAAGUUACCAAGCUGUGGAGAGAAAUGGA